AUGACAGCUUCUGCAGAUUCCGACCCACCGCUCUUCGAACCGGGCGCGCGCUCGAAAAUUUCCCGUUAUGCUAUGACAUACGCCAGAAGGCAUCCCGGAGACGUGUUGUCAUACUUGCGUCGUGUCUGGCCAGAACAAGGUGAAAGACUAGUAGAGAACUCGGCCUGCUUGAGAUUCUUAGGGGCCUUUAAGGUUCUUCUCGAGAAUGGAGAGACACUUAAGAUCCACAAGACCUGGAUUCCGCUCCCGGAGCUACGGCGCCUUCGAGGUCGUUACUUGUUGCCCGGGGAAAAGGCCUCCUUCCCUUGUCUUGACCCCCCUCUCCCCGAAGAUGGUACCCUCGGAGAUUGGGAGUUUCUUCUUCAGCUUGGAUGUCAAACCACGCCUGAUAUCUACUUCUGGGUCAGCACUUUGUCGGAUAUCAAGUUCAAUUCACAGGACAAGGUUACCUCCCCGCAGCGAGUCAAGGAUCUGUAUCUAUUACUGUAUGAAAUUUAUCUGGAAGCCAUGGAUGGUAACAAAGGUGAAAAGAGGAUCGCAAGUUACAUCAGGUAUGGUUUCACGAGAGGCUCGCUCCUCCUACAGUCACAAGGCUGGGGUAACCCUGAUCUUUCAUUUCGCUAUGGCCCGGAGGGCAUGUACUCGAAGAAGUCCUCGAUGCCACUACCAGCUGAGUGGAACGCAACACCAUCCGAGAGCAACCUGAUCGCAAGAUUCUACAAAGAAGUGCUUCUCUUAGAAGACGUGACUGAGUAUAGUAUUAUCCUUGAGGAGCUUAAGCUUUACCGAACCAAGUACCCAUCUCGUGGGUCAAGCGCUAUUCAGGGAAUUCCCGUGAAGACAUACCCAAAUUGUAUCAAGGUCUUGAAGACCUUGACACAGGAAUUCAAAAAACAUCCCUAUAUCAUUUGCUCUCCUAAACCCAAAUGGGGUAAUGAAUGGAUUCACCACGAGGAAUGUGUCUGGUCACAUGGCGUGAAUUUACCUGAUCAAAUCGACCUCAGUCAAAGAUACCCUCAGCUCAAAUCUUUCUUCGUAGAUCGCCUUGAGAUACCAGAGUUGACGAUGAAUGUCCUCCGGAAACAACUUCUUGAGUUCGCAGACGACGCGCCUGCAUACGAGACUUUUACUUUGAUGUCUUAUCUCAACACUCUGGUGCAGAACUUGGAUGCACUCAUGGAUCCUAGCGAGUUCAUUUCUAAGCCCAUCUUCCCCAUUCUUUCUCCAACAGGCGAGUCAAAGCGUGUCUGUGGUGACACGAAUUUCUUCAUUGUUGACGACAUGCGCCUUUUCAAUUUGUUCAGGGAUAGGGCCAACAUGCUUGCUUUUACACGCAGUCAGGUUAUGCGGCUCGACCCUCUGUUCAAGUGGCUUGGCAUGCAAAAAAGGUAUCUAACUCUUCAGGCAAAGUACGUUGUUGACUGGCCUUGUGAGGGCAACUUACGCAAGAUUGAAUGGAAUAUUGGCCAGAAGGCGGAAGCGCUCCUACGGAUCGCUGCUUAUUUCCGAAGUUGUCGAACGGAAAACGACUUUGAUAGAAAUGAACUUCUCCAGUCUUUGCGACAUGCGAUCAUGAUAGAAGUGGAAGAUAUGUUCUCUGAGACAAAUCUGAUCGGCAUUGACACGAGGGAUAGCCAGCAUAGAGCGAGUGAACCAAGCAACGUGGUCAAAGACACCUAUCCUCAGUUGAAGUUGACGAAUUCGAUUUCGCGGAGAGUUAUCGCUUAUGUUGCAGCUGACAAAAAGCAGCAAGAGCUGGCAAUUGCUGUUGCGUUACCUCGCCUACUAAUGGAGUGGCUCAUGACACCGUUGAACUAUUACGACGGUGGCCGUGGCGGCCGCGUUAAUAUCCCUGAACUUGGUGUGAGUCUUGUGAAGAGUGUGUUGAACGCACCUCCUGAGUUGGCCAAUGACAUACUCGAGGUCGAAGGAAUCGAACAGCCUUUCCCAAUUCAACAGGAUAGACGCGGUGCACCCGAAAACGAAGAGUGCUUAGACCAGGUGGAGGUUUGCUUGGAUCAGAUGGAAGUCCAGAAGGCGAAAGCGACACACCAAACCAGACGGACGCCGGCGACAGCAACACCAGCACAAACAACUCCAGUCGAACCCCCCUUGGAACAGGCCCCUGUUACUCAAGUGCCCGGAACUACCCAGGAUGGGCUUUUAUACGAGCCUGUGGGCAAGACCCCCGACACCGAAACUGCGUCGAGGCGAAAGAUCUUGAUUCCGCGAACGAGAAAGCUGCAGCCUAGCGCCGGGGCUCUGGCAUCUUCAGGAUCCCCCCAGUUUACUGUCGAGUCCACAGCUCAUGAGGUCUUCAGAUGCGAGACUGAUAGGAGAGCUGCUGUUACGGGGCUUACCACAGUGACUGAAGACUACCAAGUGACUUUCGGCACUGUACGUGUCGAGUUGGGCGUCAUCUUGAACAUUGGGGUACCACCCACCACCGACAACUUUGGUGGUGCGGGGGUUCUAUCACGCAAACUCUCGAUCAAAAAGAUGCCCUCACUCAAGCAAUUCGACUCCCGGUUUGACCUACGCUACGUAGCCGAGUCUACGAUUGCUCUUCUGCUUAAACACAAAGACGUUUCACCUCAGGCGGCCGAUCUCUCAGAUACUCUACCCACCCUCUACUAUUCGCUGAGCCGUGUGUACUUGACGGAUGUAUUCAUAUCCGACCCCGAGAUCGCUUCCAACUCGAAAUACAUCAGAGACCAAUUUGAGAAACACUCACUUCUCUGGCACCACGGUUGGAGAUCACCUAGCGAAUGUUGCAUCAAUGGCCCGGCUUGGGUACGGUCAAAAAAAUCCCUGUCGCUACUGCCACGAGAAUGGAACUUGUCAACAGACAAAGAAAAAACCAUUAAGAAGUUUUAUGAGAAUGUGCUUUUGAUAUGGCAGCCUGAAAACACAUGUCGUACUGCCAUUCGCGAAUUGGAGUAUCAGCGAGCUCGUGAGGCUUCUGCAUCUAUUGAUGAUGUGUCAAUUUUAUAUUAUGCUCUUCAAACAAUGACUUCUCCCUUCUCCCUCUGUCACGCGUCGCCAGGGGAAGGACAAGAGGAAGAACAGCGGAUAAUCGACUCAAAGAAGGCCAUUAUGAGGGAAGAACGAGAGUUUGUGAGGGAUGCUUUCUAUUCUCAGUCUUGGAUUGCUGUUGAGCACAACACAGGCGUCAAAUGGCUUCGACGUGUGGACUGUAUUUGGGCACUUCAGCACAACCAUACUGGAAAGGUCGAUUUGAUUCUACGAUAUGACAACAUGUUCAACUUCUUCCACAAUAUCAUCAAUGUGGAAACGGGUCCGAGAGAAGUUUAUGAAGUCAGCCCGAUUCCUCCCGACCCUGCCCUGUUACGUCGUCAACGCGCGGCUCUGGUCGAUGUUGACGGGACGAUCUUGGCCAACUUACCAUCUGACCCCCAUGAGGCCUUCACCUUGGCUUACUUUCCAGUAUACACUACAGCGAGUAGAGUUGAACUGAUGCCCACUGACGACUAUUUCUUGAUUGCCGACGACCUGGUGCUCGAGAUCAUGUUUCGGGAUCAAGUUCCCAUGCUUGUUCCUAGCAAGAUGGGAAGACUUGAAACGGAAUUCGAAUGGCUUGAAAUGACGGAUAAGUAUAUAUCCAACAAUGUGAUUGAACGACUUGUCUGGCCUACUGGGGCAAAGCAAAUGAAGUUGAGUUGGAAUAUAGCUGAGAAGGCAGAGGCCAUUGUCAGGCUAGUAUCUCUUUCUUCGUGCUGGCCAAUGCCUAACCUGCCUGCAAGUAUUGCUGCUCAGUUCAAGAGUCCUCGUGCCGGGAACGCCUUAGAUAGGCGAGAGCUGCUCAAGAUUCUGAAGGAGGGCGAAAUGUUCGCUGUCGAGGGGGCAGAGCUCAUGGCUGGAUUGUUCACAACCGCAUCGGGAAGCUACUCCAUGGGCCCUUGCUUUAACAAUGACCAUGGCUUCGUGGCUCCAAGCACUAGGCUUCCUGUAUCAGUUAGCAUCACUGACUCCGGAAUGACUUUGGACAAGCUUGUUGUUCACAUCUCGGCUGAUGGAGGUGAUAUACGGCGAGCAUAUGGUGAUGGACUCCCAAUACGUUUGUUGCAUUGGCUCAUGGUAAACCCGGAGACCAUGCGGCUAAACCAAAAGCUCAGUGGACGAGCUGAGACUAUCUUGAGGAGCGUCCUGUGCACUCCACCUGAUCUGGUCAAUGCCGUCCUGGAGGAGAAAAAGAUUAAGCUUGUGAGGGACUUGGACCUUCUAACGGGGUGGAUGAGCGAAGAAUCAGAGAGCAAAGCCACGCCCACCAACGCUUCGAAUACUAUAUCCAUGGCUCCUGACAGCUCAACACCAUCAGAUUCACCCUCGGACCAGUACCCGCAUCAACACUCUCCCGAGGUCACCCCGGCCGCGCCGAAGACAGGGCCUAUAGAGACACCAGUAACACAGGCCGCCAGCAGUGAACAAUUCCACAUGGAAUUCAAGCCCAGCACAGCAACAACAACGCAGCGGCGGUGCCUUGUGCCCAAGUCACGAAGAUGGCGCGUUUUGGUGGGUGUGUCCAAUGACGCAAUUCUCAAACACGGUAUCGAUACUCCCCUGGAAUCGGAUCCUCCCCUUAUCGACAAAGACGAUCCAGAGCGCCUCUCACCAGCGGCGCUUCGCCUUGCAGACGACCAACCUCAUGAGUUUCUUACAUACCUCCGUCGCGUCUGGAACAAAAACAGGCACCAGACCCGUCAAUCUACGAAGUUGCUGCACGAUUUGAAGCAACUCAAAGUCUCUUGUCACGACGGAAAUCUUCAUCCUCUUUCCGAGGCAUGGUAUCCUUCACAACCCCUUGUCAGCAUUUGUUCAUCUUUCCUUUUGCCUGAGGAACGAUUCCGCUUCAUUAUUCUCAACGACCAGAAACCAAGCCACGAGGAUCCUUAUCCAUGGAACUUCCUCACGGAGAUCGGUUGCCAAUACGAAGCCGGCGAUCAGUUUCUCACUGAUCUCUUGCUUACCAUCAAGAAAGCAUGGCCGGUAAAUGUCAAGGAUCCGGAACGCGUCUCCAGGAUUUACGGCUUCUUCCUUCUUCGCCAAGAUCAUAAGAAAUCGUUCCCGGAUGGUACUUACUACAGGCCUCUACCUGACGAUGAAAACUGGGACAAUUUUAACACUCACGAACUCCUUCUCUUCAAUGGCAAAUGGAUAAAGCCCAGUUCGUGCUUUCACCAUGCGCCGGAUUAUGUGCAGUCGAAUAGAGUCCUCACGCCAGUGCCAGCCGGAACUGACCCAAGCUCCUUUAAACCACUAUGGAUAUGUCAAUUCUAUCAUUUGGUACUCCGUAUUCCGGACUUUCCUAAGACAUGGACUGCCAUCAUUAAUGGGCUAAGAGCACUUCAGAGUUCGACUGGCCAACCGUCCAUUCAACACGUGGUUGAACUUUAUCGUGCCUUGAACGAGCUUCAAUUAUCGAAAUCAGAGAGAAUCACCAUAAGGGACCAAUUCCUACAACACAGAUUGAUUGCCGUCGAGCAGGGUGGUGUCGUUGAGUGGCAAAACCAUAUCGAAUGUAUCUGGUCGCCACUCAAGGAAAUAAGGAAUUUGACCGAGUUGAGUAGACUCUAUCCAGAUCUCAAAGAAUUCUUCGUGGGCCUCAUCGGGGUUGAAGAGGCUACAGAGAAGAUCAUGUCACUCAUGACCAAUACCUAG